GUGUGGCAGCGAUGACGUGACGUAAGGUCCAGCCUUGCGGAGAGAGCGCAACAAACAUGGCGACAGAGCGGAGCGGACAGGGGUGUCUUCUAACUUUCAUCGUCUUCCUCUGGAGCUCUGUCGGCGGGCGAACGGAGACGUCAAGCCCCGGUUCCAGCAGUCAGAUCCUGGGCAUGCGGCUGGAGAGGAGCGAUAAAGCGGUCAGCACGACGGAGGACGGGCUCAUCCAGGUAACGGAGGAGAGCAGCGUCGUGCUCAGGUUUUAUGGGCUGCACCUGAGCCCGGACUCAGCAUCCCACAUCAGGUUCACAGAGUAUGUGGAUACGGGGGACAGUGACGAGUCAAACAGGACUUGUGAGGAUUUCACCAAAGACCUGAGCAUCAGCACCUUCAUGAACGUGAGCAGCAGAGGGACGUCAGGUCUGGUGAGUGUGUAUGUGAAGCCACUGCGUAAGAGUGAACGAGAAAAGACCUACAGCCUGUGUGUCAGGCACGGUUUGGGAGACAAAUGGGUCCAGCUGGGUGAAAAUGAUGGAAGAUUAUUAGUCAUAGAGGAGAAAGAAUAUUUUCUACCUCUGUGGUUCCAAAUCAUAUUGAUUACAGGUUUGCUGGUGCUGUCCGGCAUGUUCAGUGGACUCAACCUGGGGCUUAUGGCAUUGGAUCCAAUGGAGCUUCGCAUUGUACAAAGCUGUGGAACUACUAAGGAAAAGAAGUAUGCGCGAAAAAUCGAACCCAUUCGAAGCAAGGGCAACUAUCUGCUUUGCUCUUUAUUGUUGGGUAACGUGUUGGUCAACACAACUUUGACGAUCCUGCUAGAUGAUUUGAUUGGGUCGGGGUUGGGAGCCGUGGUGGCGUCUACUGUUGGCAUUGUCAUAUUUGGUGAAAUCGUGCCACAAGCGCUCUGCUCACGCCACGGUUUGGCUGUAGGUGCCAACACUAUCGUGUUGACCAAAUUUUUCAUGCUCCUGACCUUCCCCUUGUCAUUCCCCGUCAGUAAGCUCUUGGACUGCAUUCUUGGGCAGGAAAUCGGCACCGUAUACAACCGUGAGAAGCUGGUGGAGAUGCUGAAGGUCACCGAACCCUACAACGACCUGGUCAAAGAAGAACUGAACAUCAUACAAGGUGCUCUGGAACUCAGAACCAAGACGGUUGAGGAUGUGAUGACGCCUCUGAGCAACUGCUUCAUGAUUCACAUUGACACCGUGCUCGACUUUAACACCAUGUCUGAGAUCAUGGAAAGCGGCUACACGCGGAUACCCGUGUACGAUACCGAACUCUCCAACAUCGUGGACGUCCUGUACGUCAAAGACCUGGCCUUCGUUGACCCCGACGACUGCACGACGCUUAAAACAGUCACCAAGUUCUACAACCACCCGGUGCAUUUCGUCUUCCACGACACUAAGCUGGAUGCCAUGUUGGAGGAGUUUAAGAAAGGUAAAUCCCACCUGGCCAUCGUUCAGAAGGUGAAUAAUGAGGGCGAAGGAGAUCCGUUCUACGAGGUUCUGGGUCUGGUCACGCUGGAGGACGUCAUUGAGGAGAUCAUCAAAUCUGAGAUCCUGGACGAGUCUGAUCUUUACACUGACAAUAGUAAUAGAAAGAAAGUGGAUCCCAACAAGAACAAGAGGGACUUUUCUGCUUUCAAACAUGAGAGGGAAUCCAAAUUCAAGAUAUCGCCUCAACUAAUGCUAGCAGCACAUCGUUUCCUCGCUACUGAGGUGAGCCUUUUCAGUCCGCUUCAGAUUUCAGACAAGGUCUUACUGCGAAUCCUCAAGCAUCCGGAUGUCAUUCAGGAGAUUAAGUUCAACGAGAACGACAAGCGCUCGCAACAGCACUAUUUAUAUCAGCGUGGAAAACCUGCCGACUUUUUCGUCCUUAUCCUUCAGGGUCGGGUGGAAGUUGAGGCUGGAAAUGAGAAUAUGAAGUUUGAGACGGGUCCUUUCUCUUAUUAUGGAGUCAUGGCACUGAAUACACCAUGCCUGGCUGUCACCCCCCCUCUCUCUCCUUCCGUGGUGUCGCCUCGUCCGCGCCGCCUUUCGCUUAAGAGGUUUUCUCUGUUCUCGCGUUUUCCAGAGUUUCGCUCCCCGUCUCACUUGAGUGGUUUGAACCGCUCGGCGUCUCUGAGCUGCACUGAGAGAGUCGACUCGGUGUCCAUCAUCGGCAGUAACAGCCAGCUCAAUAACAGCCCUGUGGCACAGUACAUCCCUGAUUUUAACGUGCGGGCCCUCACUGACCUGCAGUAUGUGAAGGUCACUCGUUCGCAGUACCAAACCGGCCUCCUGGCUUCAAAACUGGACAGCACGCCCCAGUCCCCUGAGAGCAGCCAUAUCCGUCUGGACCCCGGCCCUCUUCCGCCUCUGACCCCUCCCAUGUCCUCUACUCUGAACCACACCACAGCGCCGCCGGCUCCCAGAGAGAACGGGCCGGAUGAGACGACCUCGCUGCUCAACGACAGGAACAGCCUGUCCAAACGGCGUCCGAGCCACAUCCACCCUCAGAACCAGUCACACCUGAACACCAACUCUAGCCCCGCCCCUCAUCCCCACGGCAACAGCAGCCCGACGCCCCUCCCCAACCCUCUCACGCAUCACAUGCACACGUUCACGCACACGCACACAGAGAGCACCAUUUGACAACACUAAUCUGGGGCUCAGAGAGCUCCAGAGCUGACCGCAGGCAAUCGCACGAAUACACUGGACGAUGUAGCAUACUUUCUCUCGAUUCGAGAUGACAAAGUAUGUUAAAAAAAAAACUCCAAAAAGGUGCAUCGUCUUCAAUAUUGGACGUGAUCUCACUGUGAUUUUAGGGGCUGCGGGUUCAGCCCGACGCUGAGGUGUUCAGUUAUGCAGACUGUUAUGCCUGCUAUUGCAUGCUAAUCAUGUAGACACUCUCUCAAAGCUUUCAGCGCAUAAGUGUGUUCGGUAUGCAACACAUACCGUUUAAAGGCAUUAUACAAAUUCAUCAGUAUCUAACCGAAUUAUUGAACAAUAUGCACUUUUUAUAAUAUCUCUGAUCCAGCAGCAUACAUUUGUGUGCUGUAGUUUUCUGAGAUUUUGACCAUAAGAGCACUUUGAGUCUCAUAAGCUAUUAUUGGACUGAAUCCUUUUAGCACAGAGAAAGACGGUUCUGGUCUAGUUUUUCUGCUUUAUGGUACUAUAUGAUUUUGACCGCUUUCUUUCAAAGUCGAAAGCAUCAAGCCAACGUGAUUUGGUAAGUGUGGCUGUGUGAUGUAGCUGUAUGUGGCGCAAUCAUAGCUCAACGUGACAAACGUGAAGGGAAACUUUGUAAAUUUAGUUUGGAGACGUGAAAUUUGCUGACGCAGAUAUGGUUUGGAGAACCAGACGUGGUCAGUUAGUGCUCAGAACAGACAUUUGUAACCAAAAAAAAGAAAAGAGCAUUAACCAAUGCAAAUUCAGAUCUGUGAUAUAUGAUAAAAAACAUGAUAUAAUUUAUUUAAACAUUAAUAUAUUUAUUUUUUGUCUAAAUUAGUAUGUAUGUAUAUUUGUUUAAUUUAUUUUUCUUUCUUUUUUUGACACAAUUAUAAUUCAUCCUCCGGGACAAAAAUGAGUUAUAUUUGACAACAAAAUAUUUUAUUUGACAAAAUUUAUUUGUUUACACCAUUUAAGAUUUUUUGCAUCAUAUUAUGGAUUAUUUUCAUGAGAAUUAAGCACAUUUGCUUCACAAAUUCUCUAUUACUGGAAUACAACUAUUUGUUUGUUUAAAUUAUAUUUAUUUUUUUAAAAAACUUAAAAGCCAUACAAAUAUAUAAAUGCUUAACAAUAUACUUUUUUUUUACUUUAUACUAAUGAAAAUGAUAACACAAAAAUCUUAAUGGUCCUAAUUAUAUAUUAAUUUUGAUUUUGGGGUGAAAUAUGACCUUAGAUUUUGUACGAUUUAACCAGUUCUUGAUCUCGAAGGCUACGACUGUCCAUCAAACAACACAAAUGCUGUUUUCCACCGACAUUCCCAUCCUCAGAAACAGUGUUGAUUCUCAUGCAUUUCUGAAUCUUCAGUAUCUCUUCCUGAAGUGUAAAGUCACUAGUGCUGUUUGGUUUGUUAUAUGCCUCUAGACCAUAGGUUACUUAAAGGAAUAGUUCACCCAAAAAACAUAACAUUUACUGAUCCUUAGCCCAUCUAAAAUGUAAAUGAGUUUCUUCAUCUGAACAGAUUUGGAGAAAUGUAGCAUUACAUGACUUUUUCACCAGUGGAUGCUCUGCAGUGAAUGGGUGCCGUCAGAAUGAGAGUCCAAACAGCUGCUAAAAACAUCUCAAUGAUCCACACAAAUCCACCAAGACAUUUUCAUUGUUGCUUUCAGCUAAAAUAUGAGUCCUUUCUCCAUAAUAUUGCUUUCUUCAAUGAAAAAAUGGUCUUGUCUGAAUCAGGAGAGAAAUCUGCACAGAUAAAGUACUGCUUACGAGAGAAAACAGCUCAAAACUAAUAAGUGAGUGAAUUUGUUUCUUACAAACAGCUUUUUGCUUCACAAGACAUUAAUUUAUGGACUGGAGUUGUGUGGAUUAUUGUGGUGUUUUAUCAGCUGUUUGGACUCUCAUUCUGACGGCACCCAUUCACUGCAGAGCAUCCAUUGGUGAGCAAGUCUCAAUUUAUUUUCCAAUGAAGAAACUUUCAGCAAAUGUAAUUAAUUUUUUUAUUUUUUUAGUGAACUAUUAGAAACUUAAGCCUCUUUCCUUGCACUAGCUUUAAGAGUUUCUGCAUCUUCUUGCAUUGACCAUAAACUGGUUCUGUCCAGAGAUCACGUUUCGGAGGUCACACAGUGAUUUUUCCAUUGUGUUCCUCUAAUGCUGAGCUGACAUUAGAAACCAUUUUUAAACCUUAUUCAGAUGUAUUCAUACUGUAACAACGCUAUGCAGUGCAUGCAUAAAGCUUCCAGUGUUAAAGUGUUCUUUUAUUUUAUUUCAUAAAUUGUUAAAAAAAAAAAAAAAAUCCCAGUGAGAGUUACAGAGUAUUAGAAAUAAUUAUGGAGAAGAAUAGCACUGGAUUGAUUAUUUAUGUUUUCUCAUUGAACAGUAUAAAACUGACUUUGUCCAACUAGUGUAUGAUGAUUUAUAAGUUAUUUAUAAAUGUUUUGUUGCCUUUACGAGAGAUUUAAAUCUGAAGCAAUAAAUAGGUCUGUUUCUUUUUAAGAUGUUUAAUGUACAAUUGCACAGUGAGAGAAAUAAGUUUUCAUUUUACCUCAACUGAUAUUUCUUGUAUGUGAAAUUUGAGUAGUAUUUACUUCAACUGAAACCAAAACGUGGGCAUUGCGCUCAAACUCUGUACUGAGGCGUAACAUGUUAUAUCAUGACCAAAGUUGCAACACUACAUGGAAUUAAAUUUGUAAAUGAACACAUCAGCCAAAGCCUUUUUCACUUUGAUUUGUCCAUAUAAUGCCCAUGUUUCUCUCUUACUGCAAGGUGACUCUGCUUGUGGAAACUAAUGAAAUUCUUUUGAGCGUGAUGCUGGGAUUUCGAUCCGGUUCCGUAAUCUGCUUUUAAUGUUCAUGGCAGGAACUCAAUGGGAUAGAUGUUGUGCAUGUUCCCCUGUUUGAUAAUUACACCACAGUUAAAGAUUACAAAAGUGUGUUUUCACCAAGCGUCUGCAUUUUCCACGCUGCAUUUAUUUACUUUUCAGGGUCAUGACCUAUAUUGACCUUUCAAACUGUUCAGGGUAUUGAAUUGCAUACUAAGCAGACUUUGUUUUGGGUUCACUAUAGGCCUACAUAAAGAGUGAAAACACACCGUCUUCCAUUAAAAAGCCAUGUGAAAUACAGAAAAAUAACUCCAUCAUUUAUUUUAGAGUGGGGUUAGUUUAUUUUUGUCAGUUACUUUUUAAAGCAUCACAGCAAACUGUAAUUAUGUUUUUUUUUUGUUUUUUUUUAAGUUGCUCUCUUUAAAGGGAAAUGCAAACGCAGAUGUACUGUACUACUUCCCAUGAACACGAUCGUAUUUAAAUCAAUCUGUAUAUAAUAUUUUGUAUUUCAUUUGAGUUCUGAUUAUGUAAAUGCUAAACCUAAAUAAUUAUAUAUUAAAACGCCUCUUUUGCUCA